UUGGCCGGAAGUCCUAGGGCGGAGAGUUAGGCACUAGGGGAGAUGGCGGCUGCAGCAGCGAGUCGCGGGAUUGGGGCCAAACUUGGCCUCCGUGAGAUUCGCCUCCACUUGUGCCAGCGCUCACCCGGAAGCCAGGGCGUCAGGGAAUUCAUCGAGAAACACUAUGUGGAGCUGAAGAAGGCGAACCCCAGUCUGCCCAUCCUAAUCCGCGAGUGUUCUGAUGUGCAGCCCAAAUUAUGGGCCCGCUACGCAUUUGGCCAAGAGAAGAAUGUCUCUUUGAACAACUUCAGUGCUGAUCAGGUAACAAGAGCCGUGGAGAAUGUGCUAAGUGGCAAAGCCUGAAGCCUCCACUGAUUAAGAGCAAAAGCCCCACAGGUUGGGCUCUGUUGGACCGAGUACAGUGUGAAAAAAGUGUUCUGUUCUGUAUAAAGCUUGUGCUGAAAACACCA